AUUUGUCGAAAAUAGUGUAAUAUAAUGAAAGUUCUAUUUGUUUUGGCGCUGUUGAUUGCAGCUGCUGCGUCUCUGCCACAAUUUGGUGGCUUCGGUGGCCCUGGAUUUGGUGGUGGAUUCGGCCGUCCUGGUUAUGGUGGCGGAUUUGGUCGUCCCGGAUUUGGUGGUCCUGGUUUCGGCGGAGGUCCCGGCUUUGGGGGCGGUCCAGGCUUUGGUGCCGGUCCAGGCUUUGGAGGCGGUCCAGGCUUUGGUGGUGGUCCAGGCUUUGGCGGUGGUCCCGGAUAUGGUGGUGGUUUCGGAGGUCCCGGUGGUUUCCGACGAGGUGGUGGUGGUGGUUCUGCUUCAUCAUCAGCAUCCGCAAGUUCUAGUUCGUCUGGUGGUGGCGGUAGAGGCGGUGCUUCGUCUUCAGCUUCAGCAUCUUCGUCUUCAUCGUCCUUCGGCUAA